AUGGCUUCUUUCUCUCAAACAAACAGCAACACGCAAUAUCUUGACAGAUCGGCCAUGCUGCACUCGUCCUUUACGCAAAAGACGAAUCCCCUUUUCGCUGGUCUUGUUACGCCCCCUGAGUCCCCUAUGCGGUCUGUCGACAGCAGUGCACUGCAGUCACCAACACUCUCGACUCUGGAGGCAAAUCAAAACUUUGGCUCAACAAAUGAAGUCCCAAAAGCGAUGGAAGCUUUGUCUGCUGCUGUCAAGAAUGCGAGUAUGGAAAACUUGGGGCGAGAUGCCAACUUCAUCAACAGCGCUGCAAGCUCGGUGCCAGCUUCGCCUUCUGUGACACUUGUCGACUUUGGCGACAUUCCGGAGACGAUCUACUCUAUCGUUGAGCAUGCUGUAGAGGAACGUGUCGCAGAUGCGAUGAGCCCUUUGCGGAUGAAUAUCAAGAGAUUGGACAGCUUGGAGUCGCAUCUACGUCGCGAACACACUGAUAUACGAGAGCAAAACGACACCAUGAGUCGCCAGCUUGACCUUCACUACCGUACCAUUGAGCAAAAUAUGGAAGAGUUCAAGAAUCAAUCCGAGACGAUGAACAGCAUGAUUGACACUCAAGCCAAAACGAUGAAUACCAUGAUCGGGGCUCAAGCAGACCAAUCCAAAAUCAUGAACGAAACCAUGAACACCAUGAUCGGAGCUCAAGCUGAAAACCUCGCCGCUACCAUCAACAUGGUCAGCCACCUCUCCCAAUUUGUCACCAAUCUCCCCUUGGCCAUCAAUCAAGUCGUCCACAACGCAGUUCAACAACAGACUCAACUGGCUAUACGCGACAUUACGUUUGCUCAACAACAAGCCAUGUUUUCAGUUUCAGACGUCUCUGGCACUCGAAGGUCUGUCUCCUCUAAUGGCAGCUCAAGUCAGUGCACUUGCAUCCACCAUCGCUUAGAGAUUGAAUCCAUGGCAUCAACUCAGCACAAGAGUGUCUCUCUCACACGGCCUUCUCCCAGAUCUUGCUCCAAGUCAAGGCGAGGCUUUACAAAGACAUUCAGAAAGCGAACUGUCACGGGCAAUCUGAGCGCAUCCCACGUUUCCCCGACCACCCCUAUUUUUGCUCUGGCCAGUGACAGCUGCCACACCUCGCUCAAGGGUCCAAUCCACCAGAAUUUCAAAACUUCAACUGCUUUAACCAAUUCCUCGUUCAAGGAACUUCUUACGACAGCUCAAUUGAGUAACCACAACUGCUUCACUGAUACUUCCAUCUUUGUCACUGCAAACAUGGGAUCUUCCAAGAAAACUCCUGCUCCCAAGAAGGCCCAGCUUGCUGCCCACCACUCGCCUGCCGGCGCCAUCAAGGCAGCUCAAGCUCUCAAGACCGCACAGGCGACCAAGGCCACGGCUUCUGGUGCCGCCCUCGGUCCCAAUGAGACCGGCUAUACCCAUCAUCUGCCUACCAAGGAGCAGGUCUCCGGCAACGGCCGCAAGGUUGGCCGCAACCUCAUCAUGUGGAACCGUCCGCGCAUGGUAGAGAAGCUUCUCCAUUGCAUUCUCCAUGAACUUGACCGCCAAAACGUCAGGGUCCCCUGGAACACCAUCGCUCACAGACUUCACCCCGGCGCGUCUGGUUCCUCGUGCAAACAAUGGGCCAACCGUAGCCGCAAUAGUCUUGUUGCCGAGGGUCAUGUUGUCGCUCCCCUUUACAAGAAGAACAAGCCCUACGACCCGACCAUUCGCGGUUAUAUGCGCGAUCUCACCCGCACUGAUGACAAGAUCGUUAUUCGCGCAGUUGGCUACGGCGAGUACAUCGAAGACCCCAGAAUCAAUGAGCCCGAUGCCUUGGAAGUUUUGGCUCAGGUCAAGGCUCAGCUCGAAGCCGAGGAAGCAUCCGAGGCCGAAGGUGACGAAGAGUUUGACUUUGAGGAUGACAUCUCUCCCGCGACCAACCUCACCAUCCCUGAUGACGAGGACAUCGCCUUACCCCCCAGCCCUACUCCUGCCCGUCACGCAGCUCCCCGCCAGUCAGCUGCCACUGCGGAGUGCAUUGCCAACUCUCUGGGCCUUCAGCUCCCGGCUGGACAUGCCACGCUCUCUCAAGAGCCCAUUGCCCCGGUUCCCGUCACCCAAGUCGCCGACCUCUCCGCCAUCGAUGUCUGGGCCGACAACAUCCAGGUGAGUCUCCUCCCCAUCACAGAGCCAUCGUUGACUGUAAACACUAACAAAGAGCAGGAACUGCAGAACUUUGACGCCAGCAACCUUCAGCCUGGCAAUGGCUUGGAGUUUGUGAACACUGUGGAAGGCAACUCGGCUACUCAGUCGCCAGCUCCUUUCACUUCGUCCCCUGCCCCUGUCACUCAGGCUCAGUCUCCUCUUACCCAAUGUCUUGCCCCCUUCACUCAAGCCGCUCUUGAACCCAGCUCUGUGGCCCCCACUCCUCUGGACCUCAACCAGUUUUCCCAGAGUCCUGAGGACACCAGCCUUUUCCCCGAGCUUGGCAAUGGCUUUCCAUUUGUCCUUGGCAGCGACAGUCUCUAUGAUCCCUUCACUGCCCCUGCCACCAUUCAGCCUUGCCAUGCGCAACUCAACCUUGGUGGUCAGUACGUCCAGCAGCAGGCCCAGCAGCCUCUCCAAGACUCUUGGUUCAUGAACAGCUGUUUCGACAUCCAAGGUCAAUUCAUCACCCCGGCACAGAGCAAUGCCUCUCUUUCCCAGUACGACUUCUCCAUGCCGUCGACAUUCCCAUCCACCUUGGCGUCCACCGUUCCCUCCACUUUGUCAUGCGCCAUGCCGACCACUCUGGCAUCCGCCGUGGCACCAACCAUGACACCUGCUUUGGGACACAUGAUGACCCCUGGAAUGACACCCGCCAUGACGCCGUCCCCAGAGAAGACCACCGGAGCCACUGCCGAUUUCACUUUCAGCGACGAUCAGCUGGCCAUGCUGAUGCAAUACAACAGCACUCAUUAG